UUGGUGAGAAGUUUACUGAAUGCCAUCAAGCGAAAGGAUUCACUAAUAAUAUAAGAAUUUAGAGUCUACAUCGUAAUAAAGUGGAAAAAUCUAAGGAUCGGCUGGUGUUGAUAAAUUGAAACGGAUUCACGUAGUGUUUCUAGUAGAUCUGUCAAAAUUUGAAUGAGGUGCUUAUGAAGUAUUAAAAAGAAACUCCAAUAAGUGAAGUUCUCUCUCUCUCUCUCUCUCUCUCUCUCUCUCUCUCUCUUAUAUAUUAUACAAGAGAUAAGUGUGCUACAUAAAGGCCACACUUGUGUCACUGAGCGUGGAUGUCAUUAGACGUCAGUGACAUCGUGUAUGGUGCAUCAAAGGAUACGUGGAACUGCCACCGAUCUGUUGUAUUUGGAUAUUUGACGCGAGUAGUAUUGCUCGUCGUGAAAACAUCGUUCAAGAGAAAUGGGAAACCACCCGUCCGCCCACCAGCCACUCGAGAGGGCUACCAGUCAUGCUGGAAAUGGUCUUCGCCUCUCGAAGCGCGAGAGGUCGCCGGGAAAAAGAAUGGAUCGGCUUCGACGAAGCUUCCGAGAUAGCUUCCGGCGGCGGAAAGAUCCUCAUGUGCCCGAGUCUAGUAAACCUCAUCAAUGGCAAGCGGAUGAAAGUGCAGUGCGUUCAGCUACAUGCGCUUUUCAUGUUAAGUAUCUAGGAUGUGUAGAAGUCUUUGAAUCGAGGGGUAUGCAAGUUUGCGAGGAGGCCCUUAAAGUUCUCCGUAACUCAAGAAGAAGACCAGUACGGGCGAUACUUCACGUAUCCGGUGACGGAUUGCGUGUUGUCGAGGAUGAAACGAAAGGGUUGAUUGUCGAUCAGACAAUCGAAAAGGUGUCGUUCUGUGCGCCGGAUAGGAAUCAUGAGAAGGGAUUUAGUUACAUUUGUAGGGAUGGCACGACAAGGCGAUGGAUGUGUCAUGGAUUUUUAGCAUUAAAGGAAUCGGGAGAAAGAUUGAGUCAUGCGGUAGGCUGCGCCUUUGCUGCAUGCCUGGAGAGGAAGCAACGAAGAGACAAAGAAUGCGGAGUUACAAUGACUUUCGAUUCGAAGACUUCCAUCUUCACGAGAAGUGGCAGCUUUAGGCAACCGAAUCUCGCGGAGCGGUUGCAAGAAGCGCGUGAUCGUGCAGCAGAAAUUCCUCCGGUUAGGCAAGUGUACAAUCCCUUUGCAAUUGAGAGGCCGCACGCUACUCUGUCUAUGCUGGAACGGCAAGGUUCCUUCCGAGGUUUUUCACAGCUAAGUCAAGCAUCCCCAUUUAAAAGGCAACUCAGUCUACGAGUCAACGAUCUUCCUAGUACUCUUGAACGCACACGUAGUCACAGUCUUGAGCCAACGGAUUUGGCGCGAAUGCCUUCAGCUCAUUCGCAUAUUGUACCUUCGAAGCCUCCAGAAUUCGAAGGAUAUGACGAAGUGAGUCCAAUACCAGAAAUAUUUCCUGGUGAUCACGAUAGCGUUUCCGCGAUGUGUCAGCAGCUUUCUCAAGGACUUUCUCUGCUUUCGAGCAGCGAUGACUUCGGACCAUUGCCGUUGUCUCAAUCUGCCGCGAGCUCCGUAGUUAAGCAGCUUUUUACUAGUACCACUACUAAUUCCCCUCCAGUAACGAGUAGCAACUCGUUGGAUGAGAUGAAACUGCAGAAUGGUCCGAAUAUUAAUAACAACGAUAACAACGACAAGAAUGAAGAGCUCAGUAAUCUGAAUCAUGUAGCGCCCAGUUGGCAAGAGUCCGCAUCCCCCGUUCUCGCGUCGAAUCACAGGCUCACGCCCAUCCUUAAGGCGAGCAACUUGAGUCCCGUUCUUCCAAGGACGAACGCGCCCACUCCAGUCGUUAUGAGCACACCGGCACCUGUUUCCUCUAGUGUAGGUGCCUUCGGCACGCCGCCAUCGGCAGCAAGUCCUGCUUUCAGCACGGCUUCUACGUCCUCUUUAGGAAAUACAUCUACGCCGGCUGUGAACAGAUCGCCGAUUCCAAUAAAUUCCGUGAUGACGCCAAAAACAAGUUCUCCUAGUACUAGCGUAGCAUCCGUUUCCCCGGCGGCUCUCUCAACUGAUGUCGCUCAAGUCUCAUCGGCAACUGGACUCCCGACGGCUUUAGUACAACCGCUUUCCACAGCAGCUGGUUUACCGAAACCAGAACAAUGGUUGGGUAGUAUAACUGGCUCUGUACCAUCACCGGCACCACAGCAAGUAACUGUUAGUCCUCGACGAGCACCUCCUCUUCAUACGAGGGCACAUUCGCUUGGUUCGGCUGCAAUGAGCCUGACUUCCAGAGGACCUUCUGAUCCCUUCGACGUCGAAUGGGCGGAAAUAGCUUCCAGAAAUAUGCAGCAAUCAACCACGACGAAUCCCUUUAUUAUGCCGAACGCGACCCAGGCGUUCCAAGUGCAGUUGUAGCGUCAGGAGUUUAUCAAUAGUGUCGCCAAGUAUUUCCACUCAAGCACAUAGCGGCACCACGUCCGCCCGCGCUCCGACCUUAUACACGAUCGAAAGUAUUACACGUGAGCCGCGUGUCCUCGACCUGAUCAAGUUUCCGAAUGGGUAGUAACGGUAUGCAAAGUGUCAUUAAAAGUCUCGAACUGAUAUCGCAAAGUGGAAAAUCAGAACAAUGGUUGGGUAGUAUAGGAAACCAGCAGUAGUACAAGAAUGUUUCAGAACGUGGAAAUAUAUCUCGAACGAGUCAAUAUGCCAGUAAUAUGAUGUUGCAAUUAUUGAGCAUUAUGCUGUUUGACAAUUUUUUUAUUGACAAUUUAAAUGUCUAUCUGCAAUUGUGGUGAUAAAUAGAAAAUUGAAGUAACGCAAAUUUUGUGUUAAGUUAAAGCUGUUAAAUGCUUCUGCAAACUUUUAGACACAAUUACUAGAAAAUUUAUAUGUAUGGACAUUUUUAACGCGAAGAAAAAUUGCUCAUUUGAGGAACGUUUGAGAUGUUUAUUUUAUAAUUGAAACAGUGUAAGUGAAAAU